AAUGUCACUGUCAGUUCCAAACAAACGACAAGCCGCCCUGCCGUUCUCAACCUAGUUCCUGCCAUGUCGACCUCGUCUUUUUUCAAUAACAAGUAUCUUUCUCGGCUACUUCCUGACCCUCCACGUCUGCAUGCCCCCGUAUCCAACGGUUCGCAAACUCUCAGAUUCUCACUCCCAAUUGUUCAAAUUCAAGCAUGUAAUCACUGCAUCUCUGUGUCUUUUGAGAUAUAAAUAAUUUUUUGCUGGACAUAACAGUGUGUGUACUGCCUUAGAUGGAAGCUAAAGACGUAGAGGAUACAGAAUCUAAUUUUCGUUGGUGUUGGUUUUUGCUAGUUUCAGUGAUUGCAAUUCUUGUCAUAGUAGCAGGUGUACUCGCAAUCUUAGAGGACUUAAAAGACUCCAAGAAAGAUUCAGCUUCACAUCAUCCUGGACCUGUUGUGAAAAAAUAUGCUGAUGCUCUUGAGAUUGCUUUGCAAUUCUUCGAUGGGCAAAAAUCUGGAAAGUUGGUGAAUAACAGGAUCGGGUGGAGAGGGGAUUCAGGGCUACUAGAUGGGAUUGAGAUGAACUUGGAUUUAUCGAAAGGAAUGUAUGAUGCUGGGGAUCUAAUGAAGUUUGGAUUUCCUAUGGCUUUCACUGCAACAAUGUUGUCUUGGGCAAUUCUUGAAUAUGAAGAAAAUAUGAAGACAGCAAAGCAAUUAGGACAUGCCCGGGAUUCACUGAAGUGGAUCACUGAUUUUCUCAUCAAUGCUCAUCCUUCUGAGAAUGUGCUUUAUAUCCAGGUGGGUGAUCCUGAACUGGACCACCAAUGCUGGGAAAGACCUGAAGCCAUCAGAGGAAUAAGGCCAUUGACGCAAGUUAACACAUCCUUCCCUGGGACAGAGGUUGCAGCAGAAACGGCAGCUGCUAUGGCAUCAGCAUCUCUUGUUUUCAAGAAAAUCGACUCCUCUUAUUCCAAUCUGCUCCUUGAGCAUGCCCAACAACUCUUUUCUUUUGCUGAUGCUUAUAGAGGUUCUUACAGUGUCAGCAUUCCCCAAGUGCAAAACUACUAUAACUCCACAGGAUAUGAAGAUGAACUCUUGUGGGCAGCAGCCUGGCUUUAUCAUGCAUCCAAAGACCUGUCAUACCUCAAAUAUGUAACUGAAUUAAAUGGUCAACAAUUUGCUAAUUGGGGAAAUCCAACUUGGUUUAGUUGGGACGACAAGCAUGCUGGAACUCAUGUCCUGUUGUCCAGGUUAAAUAUUUUUGGUGCAAAAGGGAUGUCAAGUGAGGAGAACCUUGACCUUCAGAUGUACAGGAAAACAUCCGAGGCCAUCAUGUGCGAGCUCCUUCCAGAUUCACCAACAGCCACAUCUAGCAGAACAAAAGGUGGUCUGGUAUGGGUCUCAAAAUGGAACUGCUUGCAACAUGCUAUGGCUUCUGCAUUUCUAGCUGUUCUAUUCGGUGAUUACAUGGUCACAACCCAGAUUUCAACUCUAUAUUGCCAUGGAAAAUCCUACAGUCCAGCUGAUUUGCGCAACUUUGCCAUUUCACAGGCAGAUUAUAUUUUGGGAAAUAAUCCAAUGAAAAUGAGCUACCUUGUUGGGUAUGGGAGUAACUACCCUCAAAAUGUACAUCAUAGGGGAGCUUCAAUUCCUGUCGACGCCAACACUACCUGCAAGGAUGGAUUCACGUGGCUUGACUCGAUCAAUCCCAAUCCAAAUGUUGCUGUUGGAGCAGUGGUUGGUGGCCCCUUCCUAAACGAGACCUAUAUCGACUCACGAAACAACUGGAUGCAAGCUGAACCUACCACUUACAACAGUGCUCUCGUUGUCAGUCUCCUCUCCAGCUUAGUCAGGAGUUCUUCAGUGGUCGACUCUUUUACAUAGCACCAACGAAUGUAAAAUCAGCCCCCUGUAGUUCGAUCUAAGUUUUAUGGGCAUUCCACUUGGGACGAAAA